AUGCGCCCGAAAGCGCGGAAUAUUACAGCUACCAAAGCUGUUACCAAGAUGCGUCUAACUCGUCGGUGGCCUGGGGACGAGGCUCAGUUGGAUCUGGCGGGUGGUCAAACGAUGUGGAUUCCCAGUGAACUUCCCCUUUUUCCUAUCGACGAAUUAUCUUUGAUUUUGGCCAUGCUUUGUUUUUUCUUGUCAGAUUGGGAAGUCUCAGAUUCUCGUACUCAAGGACGGAGAUCUAAUUCGGGAGACAUGUCCAGGCACAGCGGUAGCUCGGCUUUCGCAAGCCCGGUCAACUCUGACCACAGUAUGGCAUCGUUCACCGGCAGCAGCGCAAUGACGAAACCCCAAUCACAGCAGUCGCAGCGACAACGUCCAUCCGACUGUAGCGCAAUAAUGGGAAUCGAUAAUAUCCUCCAACGUCCCCUAACCCCUCCCCCAGCACCACGACGACAACCACCACAACAACAACAAGCGCCAGCAUUAGCACCAAAUCCAACACGGACAACACCAUCCCAAUCACGCUACCACCUGCACAUCCGCCAACAACCAAUCGCCGCACGGGCCUGCGGCGCAGGCGAUAGAGAUAGGCGCCCGGUAGACCCACCACCAAUAGUCCAGAUGCUCCUAACCGAUUUCAACCUUAGCGACGUCGACAUCCUCCAAGACCCACGCUUCACCGUGGGCUGUCUCUUAUUCCCUGUCGCGCCGGCGCCAUCGGCCUCUUCCGAGCGACAUUCCUGGGAAAGCCGGACUAGCGGCAUAACCCGCUCAGAUGAUGAUAGCGGGAAUCUGCCGGGUCAAUCGACGCCGUUGCUUUCUGGGAAGGCUUUCGUCUCGCCGUUCUAUGUAGAUGCGGAUCCAGAUCCGGUUACGGCGCCUGCCCAUCCUUCAAGCUACAACAUAAAUACGGACCUGAGCACAAAUACAAAGCCAAAACCCGACGAAAACGCUAAGAUCCCCUCAACGUUCUUCAUCUUCUCCGACCUCUCUGUGCGCACGGCGGGGCUCUACAGACUCCAAUUCCGACUCAUGAACUGGGGCAGCGUGGAGGAUACAGGGCAGUCGAUGCCGAUUCUGGCGGAGGCGUGGUCGGAGCCGUUUCGUGUGUAUCCGGCCAAGGAUUUCCCGGGGAUGAGGGAUUCGUCGCCGCUGGCGGAGGGGUUGAAGGAGAUGGGGUUUGUGGAGUUGAAGACGAGGGGGAAAGGGAAGGGAAAGGGAAGGAGGAGGUGA